CCUUUCUUUGGGACCCUGGACCUCCCUGACACCUCCCUUCCAGUAGGGAAAUUGUUUGCUAAGGUGGCAGGAAGCCCAGUGCCCGAAAAGUUCCCCCUAGGAUCGGUUUCUACGCCGCCUCUCCUAAACCUCCAACUCCCAGCUUCGCUACAUCUUCAAGUGUCACUUCGACCUUGCCAACUGUUCGCGCUCGUGUUAACCUUGGCUUCUUCGAGUCCAGUCUUUUUUCUUGGAGUACUCACAGCAUUCCCGAGCUCUACUCUUACCUUUGUUCACCGUUUGAAUCGAACACUUCUCUCCCGUACGAGUUAUUCAAGAUGGCUGCUGCUCCUCCCAACACUAUCUAUCCUCAGAGCCAUGUCGGUUUCGAUAGCAUCACUUCUCAGAUUGAGAAGAAGCUCUUGAAGCGUGGUUUCCAAUUCAACGUCAUCUGUGUUGGUCAGACCGGUAUGGGCAAGUCAACGCUCAUCAACACUAUUUUCGCUUCUCACCUGAUCGACUCCAAGGGUCGCUUCCAGCCCGACGAGCCUAUCCGCCAGACCACUGAGAUCCAGGCUGUUUCCCACAACAUUGAGGAGAACGGUGUCCGACUCAGACUCAACAUUGUCGAUACUCCCGGUUACGGCGACCUUGUCAACAACGACCGCUGUUGGGACCCCAUUGUCAAGUACAUCAAGGAUCAGCACUCCGCGUACUUGCGCAAGGAGCUCACUGCACAGCGAGAGCGCUACAUCCAGGAUACCCGUAUCCACUGCUGUCUCUUCUUCAUCCAGCCAUCGGGCCACUCUCUCAAGCCCAUCGAUAUUGUCGUCUUGAAGAAGCUGUCUGAUGUUGUUAACGUGGUGCCUGUCAUAGCCAAGGCCGACACCCUGACCGUUGAGGAGCGUCAGGAAUUUAAGGAGCGCAUCAAGGAGGAGUUUGCUUUCCACAACCUCAAGAUGUACCCCUAUGAUAACGAGGAAUUUGAUGAUGAGGAGCGUGCUCUGAACGGUCAGAUCAAGAACCUUGUUCCUUUCGCUGUUGUCGGUUCCGAGAAGUCGAUUAUCGUCAAUGGUAAGCAGGUCCGAGGCCGCCAGAACCGAUGGGGAGUUAUCAACGUUGAGGACGAAACUCACUGCGAAUUUGUCUACCUCCGAGACUUCCUUCUCCGAACGCACCUCCAGGACCUUAUCGAGACCACCUCUCAGAUCCAUUACGAGACCUUCCGUGCCAAGCAGCUGCUGGCCCUGAAGGAGAGCAGUGCUCAUGGUGGAGCUAGCAGCCGACCCAUCAGUCCUGCCGCUGAUCGCGAGUUGAGCCGAAACUCGCAACGAAUGACGAUGAACGGCUACUAGGCUGUCUUUUGUUUUUGAAGUUGUGCUGGCGAUGGAGCAACGGCGUCUCUGGGCAGCUCGAUAGCCCGUAUUUGUUACGACCCUCCAUAUCUUUCACGGCCUGAUGUAGAGCAACUCAAAAGUAAAUGCUUUGUCAGGAGGUUCGCUGGUCGACUUGACCGUAAUAGAACCAAUGCCUCUUACAUCAUUUCGAUGACAUCGGCAUGCGAGCAAGGGCAGGGGUAUAAUGUUUCGAGGUUCAAAAUGAGACAGGAACUGGUCGAAUAUGAUCAGACUCUUCCUGGCUGCGUACCGUUUGACAUUUCUACCCGUGAGUCCAUAUCGAAGCUGUACACGACUUUCUUCUUUUUCUUUCAGUGCUACCCCGGAGAGCUAUUUGGCCUUUUUCUAUGCUUUAAUAAGACCGACUACCCCAUACUCUAAUCUAGAGUUAGUUUCCUGCCUACAUAGUGUAUCAAUUCCCUUGGAGUUUCUGACGAACUUGUUGUGCCCGAUGAGAAUGGAUUGUGACUUCGAAUACACUUGUCUGUUUGUGUAGUCCCUAUAAACCUCACUUAAUGGAUAUUGGUUUGGUAUAGCCUAUCCCAAGUUCGGUUAAUCCAAGUUGUGUGU